CGGAGGACAUGGUCCCGAACAGCCGAUACGUGCCAAAUACUUUUGAACGUCCAUUGUUUUGCAAAGACCGCAGUGAUGCCUCCUCCUGAGACAAUGUACUGCGCCCAGCAGAUCAGCAUUCCUCCAGAACUGCCUGAUAUUUUAAAGCAGUUCACAAAAGCUGCAAUCAAGACACAGCCACGUGAUGUGCUGCAAUGGGCAACUGACUAUUUUUCAGCAUUAUCAAAAGGUCAGGACCUACCAGUCAAAGAGAGGCUGGAAAUGCCAGUGGCAACUCAGAAAACAGACACAGGACUUACACCAGGCCUUCUAAAAAUCCUUCAUAAACAGUUUGCACCUAAAGAAAUCAUUACAAAAGAGGAGCUUCUUCAAAAGUGGAAUGACUUGUGUUUGCCUAUUGAACAGCUUGACACAAUCCUUGCUCUUGGCAACUUCAGUGAAAAUAUUAAUUGGAUGCAGUUUUCUGCUUUAGGAUGCAGCGCUUUGGGUGGGACCAUCACAAGUGCUUUGAAACAUGCUUGUGAAAUACUCACAGAGGACCCUGAGGGUGGUGCAGCCCAGAUUCCUUUCAACACAUUUCAGAGUCUCUACACAUACUUGGCCCAUCUGGAUGGAGAAAUUCCUAAAGAACAGAUCGACAGCUUCUUGCAUAGUUUAGAGGAACAAUGCCAAGGAGGAAUGGUGCAACCUUCAAAUUUUACAAGCCUCCACAGUGCUGAGAAGUCUGAGUAAAAUCCAGUACAAAUGGUCCUCAGAUGGUGAUAUCUCAACAUGCUUGAAAACUAUUGAUCCUUGUUACUGUGUCUUGUGUUUGCCCUCUUUAUCCUUAUGUUGUGAUGUGAUUUGAUUA